AUGUCAGAUGCCUCCCCCUCCCACCGUCCCCCGGCCCACAUCCCCCCCAUCUACUCCCCCGCCCCCUACCCCCAGCCCGCCCCCGUCACAGCCGCCCAGGGCCCCCCACGGCUGCCCACUCUCACCCCCAUGCCAGACUCGGCUAGCACAACCCACUCCUUUGCUGCAGACCUCUCCAUGGGCAGCGUCAAGACCGAGGACUCGGCAUCCGUGGGCGAGCCGAACGGCCAGACAGUCCAGAUGCAGGCCCUCCAGCAACAGCAAUCUAUGCAGCAGCCACAGCAAGGAGGACCGCAGGGGCUCAAAGGAAAGAAUGGCGCAACGGGGCCGGCGGAUAACAAACCCAAGCCACAUGUGUGCAACGUCUGUCAACGAGGGUUCACGACCGGUGGGCAUCUGCAAAGACACCAGCGGAUCCACACGGGGGUGAAGGCGUUCAAGUGCCCCUUCCCGGGGUGCGAGACGCGGACGAGUCGGCAAGACAACUUGCAGCAGCACUACCGAACGCACUUGUCGCCUACACUAAGACGGGGUUCAGGUUCAGCAGCGAGGGCGGCAGUCAAUGCGGCGAUGGAAGCCGCCGGGUUAAAAUCAUCGACGGCUCGCCAACCACGCAAGUCCAAGAGCGCCACCGGCACCCCCACCUCGGCAUCCACCCCACACUUCCCCUCCCCCUACCCCCCUCAGGCCGGGCCAAACCCGUACGCACCCUACAUGUACGACCAAGCCCACUACCCGCCUCCCUACCCCAUUCCGCCAAGCAUGUCCAUGGCCCAACCUCCGUCGGCCUCUUCCUCCCGCGUGCCGUCACCCACCAACCCGAACGGUCACCCGCAGCACGCCCACGCUCAAUUGCCCCCGGCACACCAACCGUCCUUCUUUGCGCAACCGCACUAUACCCAGCAGUACCCGUCGUAUGCCGUGCCACCGCAGCAUCAGCAAACGUACAGAUACCCAGCGGGUACGAUGGGCUAUGCGCCCGCGCCGGGCGGGUAUGCGCACCAUGGUCUGUAUGGUACGGGCAUGCCAGAGCAGGGACACAUGUACAACCCGAUGCAGUUUCAGCAUAGGGAAGGGUCUUAUGGGCUACCUGCUGCUGCCUAUGGCGGCGGUGGUGGUGGUGGUGGUGGUGGUGGUAGUGGAGGAGGUGGAGGGCAAGCGCAGAGAAGUCCUACGGCGAAUGGGUAUGGCCAUCCCCGUAGAUGA